AUAAUAAUAAUAAUAACUUUUCUUAUGUUUGCAUUUGGAUUUUAUACAUUAAAUUAAUCCCAUAUUUACCAACCUACCUACCUACCCAACGAAAAGAAUCAACUUGUUAUUAAAUACAAAAAAAAAAUCAAGAAGAAAAAGAAGCUCGAAAAGCUAAUUAUCUCAUCUUGUCACUCUUGCAUGAAUGUUGUGUCUUUUGUAGCACGUUGCCCCAAAAAGUUAAGAAAAAGUUUAUUUUUCGGUUUUGAUUCUGCAAAACAAUAAUUAAUUGAACAAGUGAAACAUUAAACAAAAAAUAUGAAGAAUACGGGAACGUUAAAUUGACCUACACAAAAGUGGCAGCAAUUCGCAGAAAUAAAAACAAAAUCAAUUAAAAAAACUAAAAGAUUUUUAUGAAUGAUGACGGAUAAUAAUACUUAUCAAACACAACAACAUCCAGAUAGAUCACCAGAAAGCUCUGCUAUUAUUUCUCAAUCGCCACAUCAUGUUGUAAUCAAACAAGAACAAUUAAUUCUUGAUUACAUUGAAGAAAGUCCUCCACCUCCUCCACCAAAUUCAUCAAUUAAUCGCAAGCAAAACUUUUCGAAUACAUCAAAAUCAACAAAUAUUGAUCAACAACAGAAGCAAGAUGUUCUCAACUCUCCAAAUGAGCAUCAGCAACAUAGCUAUUCUAAUAGCUUAUAUCAGGAAAGAGUUACGACAUCGGAAGUUUCUUCUCCGGAAAUAAGAGGUGGAGAAGCAGGUAUCGGAGGAGGUGGGGGAGGGAAUGGAAGAGGUGGAGGUAUUAUUUGUAGAGAUAGUGGUUUUAACGAUCACGAUGACGAAAAGGAUAGGAAUUCACCUGGAAUAACUCAAUCGAAUUCUGCAGCUCAUUCUUAUUCUCGUUUAUCAGUUCCAUUGCAACAACAACAACAGCAACAACAACCGCAACAGCAACAACAGCAACAACAACAGCAAAGUAGCAGAAAUCGUGUUUCUCCUACAAAUUGGCAUCAACCUCAAAAUCAACUUGACUACAUUCAACAACAACAACAUAGUCAGCAGCAAAUUUAUACUGAUGAAAUUGUACCAUCGUCUGCUGCUGAACAACAGCAACAACAAUCUCACAGCCACACCCACAACCAGCUUCAGAACGCUUCGGUGCCACCGCCAAAAAAUGCUUACGGAGUCUUAAAGCAUGAAAAUGACAUACUUUACAUAACAGAAAAUUGUAUUGAAAUUGGACGAAAUUCAUCGACUUCGCACGUACACUUUCAUGUUGCUCGAAACAGUUUUGUAUCAAGAAAACACUUUCAAGUACUAUAUGACGCCGAUACAUGUGACUUUUAUGUUGCGUGUUUAAGUAAAAAUGGUGUAUUUGUUGACGAUCUCUUUCAACGGAGAUAUGCAGAACCAAUGAAAUUACCAAAAAGCUGUUCCUUUCGGUUUCCGAGCACAGAAAUUCGAAUUUUAUUUGAAAGUUUUGUGGAUUCGACAACAUCAUCGUUGCAUAACAAUGUAAUAGCAUCUACAAACAAUGUUCCCGCCAGUAAUAACUUGUCAAAAAUGCACUAUUUUUCCGACCGAAGAAAUUUGAAUGCAACAUCCAUGGAAAAAUCAAAUGUAAUAUAUUCACCCCUCAAAAUUUCCAUUCCCAAAACGGAACAGAAAAGCCCAUAUCCAUCGCCUACUGGUACUAUAAGUGCUGCAAACAGCUGCCCAACAAGUCCUCGCCAGGGUUUUCAAGACUAUCAAAGUUACAAUAGCUAUAACAAUAACAACAAUCUUCAGGGUCAAGAUAUGUUUCAAACUCCUUCAACUUCAAACUAUAAUGACCAUGAAAAACCACCAUACAGCUAUGCACAAUUAAUAGUGCAGUCGAUAUCAGCAGCUUCUGAUAAACAAUUAACGCUGUCUGGAAUUUAUUCGUUUAUAUCAAAAAAUUAUCCAUAUUAUCGGAAAGAAGCAAAUAAAGGCUGGCAAAAUUCAAUUCGUCAUAAUCUCAGUUUGAACAGAUAUUUUAUUAAAGUUGCACGAUCUCAAGAUGAACCAGGUAAAGGAAGUUUUUGGCGUAUAGAUCCAACUAGUGAAGCUAAGCUUAUAGAUCAAAGCUAUAAAAAGCGUCGACAACGAGGAAGUCAAUGUUUUCGGCCAUCAUACGGUAUGCCCCGAUCAGCUCCAGUAUCUCCGAGCCACAUUGAUAAUUCUCGUGAAAGUUCACCUUUACACGAUAUAGUUCUACAAUCGGCACCUGGAUCCCCCGGAAUGUCUUAUCAAGGACAUUUGGAAAACCAUUCAGCUGAAGACUUAAUGUACAACUCACAAAGUGUUAUGCAACCAUCGUCCUACGGUACUCAUAGUCAAUACAACAAAAGUCCAUACCACAUAUCUUCCCAUAAUAACUCAAGCGGACAACAACAAUCGAUAAUUGUCUCAACACCAUCUGGACAAACAACUAGUAACGGUGGUGGAUCUGGCAGUAAUAUAAAUGGUAGUGGUGGCGGAGGCGGAGGAAGUGGAAACUUGGUUGCUAUUAAACGGAAUCACUCAGCAACUGUUACAUCUGCGCAAUCACUAAAUGCAUCAAGUGGAAAUACACCAUCUCAUCAUCUUCAAGAUGCCUAUGACGAUGUUCAUGACUAUAAUAGUGGAACUGGUGGCUUAGAUAGCGGUGAUGAAUAUGAAACGACGAUGAAAAGGCCAAAAUAUUCUACUGAAAUGAACUAGUAGUAAUAUGUUUAUUGUUCAUCAUUAAACAACAAGAAAAAUCAAAUGAGAUAAUAGAACCAAGAUUUGUAUAUAUAUAUUAGGCUUAGUAAAAAAAUAGCAACUCUUUCUUCGCCCGACAGUGACGAAUUGAUUAAUUGGCAUCUUAAGAGUAAACAAUCAAGAUUUAGCCUUAAUGUUAUUACAAAAGGCCCAAAACCUAUAUAUUUGCAAUUUUUUCCCAAAUGAAACUGCAUGGGACAAGUUUGCUUAAAACUUUGGAGUUUAAUAUUACACAAUUUAAGAACUAUUUAACUAAUGAGAAAUUCGUUGGCUUUUUUUUAAGUAAAUGAUUGCUUUACAAAAAGGUCGUAUCGAAAAAAGUAACCGUUUAGAAGCUAAUCGGUGCUAAAAUGCUCCACUGCGUAAGCGACAAAAAAAAAAUACCCGUUUACCGUACCGUACCUGGUGCUCAAAUUUACAUUUAUAUAUAGUUUAUAUCGAUUUUAAGUUAAAAAAAAUUUGUAUUUUACUUUAAGUCUAAAACUAUUUUUAUUAUUGUAACAAUUUAUUUGUAUUGAAAUAUUGAAACAAUUACAUAUUAAAAGAAUUUCUCCUAGGUUGAACGGUUAGUGACUUAUAAAAUCCCAAAGUCUUAAACGAUUACUUUUUUUUAUUUCGUAAUUAAUUCCCUGAUACUAAAGCCUAACGUAUGCAGAAGUUUUUCUUAAGUUGUCAAACAAUCAAUUUUUAACUUUGGGACACAAAAACUUGUUGAAUUUUUUCGAAUGACCCUAAUAUAUAUACAUGUAAUGUAUGAACUAUUUUAUUAAUAUAUGCAUGAAGUAUAUGUGUGUAUAUAUAGUAAGAUAACCAUACUAAGUAUAUAGGAAAAAGAAUAAUAAGAGAAUAUUUAUACAUAAAUAUUAACAAAGCACAUAGUAGCGCGGCAAUACUUUACAUAAUAAUUAGUAUUGUAAAUGCCUCCCAAGAUAACCAAAUGACAAAAAAAAAUCGAUUUAUAAAUGAAAAUCAUCUGACCGAAUUUAUACACAAAAAAGGUUAAAUUAUCUUGUUUUAAUUUAUUCAGAAAAAUUCCAUAUUAUUGUUUUGGGAAAGCAAUGUUAAAAGUUUACAAUAAAAAAAUAAAAGAUUAAAAAAACAGUGAAUGUACUAAAAAAGUGUUGCGAAAAUAAAAAAAAUCGGCUACAUAAAUUUAUGUCCAAUAAAAAUGAAAUUUUAUCGUUCGUGAAAUUAAGA